AUGAGUAAAUAUUUAGAACUAUUUUUACAUCCACAAGAAUUGGCUUCUGUGAUCCAAUUAAAAUUUGUCAGAAAACCAUUGUUUAGUAUCAACGACACUAUAGCUACACCUGAAUUGAAAGAAUGUUAUAAAUUGUUAACUCUAACUUCUAGAUCCUUUGCCGUGGUCAUCAUGGAAUUACAUCCAGAAUUAAGAAACGCUAUUAUGCUAUUCUACCUUAUUUUACGUGCUUUAGAUACUGUGGAAGAUGACAUGACCAUUGACAAUAAGAUCAAAAUUCCUUUGUUACGUAGCUUCCAUGAAAAAUUGUUAUUGGAGGAUUGGUCCUUUGAUGGUAAUUCUCCAAAUGAGAAGGAUAGAGACGUUCUAGUCAAAUUUCCUUCCAUUUUAAAAGAAUAUCACAAGUUGAAGACUGAGUACCAAUCAGUUAUAAGUGAAAUCACUGAAAAAAUGGGAAAUGGUAUGGCCGACUACAUUGAAGAUGAACAAUUCCAGAAGGAUGGGAUUCAAACAGUCAAGGAUUAUGACCUUUAUUGUCACUAUGUGGCUGGAUUAGUCGGCGACGGUUUAACACAGUUGAUUGUCCUUGCCAAAUUCGGGUCCCCUCAAUUGUUAGAAGGCUCUCAACUAUUUGAAAGCAUGGGUCUUUUCUUGCAAAAGACUAACAUCAUUAGAGACUAUUUUGAAGAUUUACAAGAUAGUAGACAUUUUUGGCCAAAAGAAAUUUGGUCUCAAUAUGGUGAAACUUUGGAUUAUUUCACCAGAGACUCUGUAGCCGGCGUCCACUGUAUCAACCAUUUGGUCUUGAACGCCAUGGAACACAUCGAAGAUGUCAUGACUUAUCUAAGUUCAAUCUCUGAACAAUCUUCUUUCCAAUUCUGUGCUAUUCCACAGGUUAUGGCAAUUGCCACUUUAGCAAAAGUUAUGAAUAAUCCAAACGUCUUGAAGGAAAAUGUAAAGAUUAGAAAGUCAACUACAUGCUCUUUGAUCCUUAAAUCAAGAACAUUUAAAGGUUGUGUAGAAAUCUUCCAAUAUUAUCUAAGAGACAUGAGACACAGAUUACCAGUAGGCGAUCCAAAUUAUUUGAAAUUUAAUUUACGUUGUGGUAAAAUCGAUCAAUUUUUUGAGGAAAUGUAUCAAGAGAACUUGCCUGUUGGUAUUGAACCACGGAAAACUCCAAUAUAUCUGAAGGUUCAAGAAAGAUCCAAGUGGGAUCAAAAAAUUGAAACUACUGUAUUGAAACAAGAAAGGUUCGUUAUGCAAAGAAUUGCAUUCAGUGGUAUUGUUUUGGUAUUGUCAAUAAUCUUAUACGUUUCUAUGUGA